AUGCCUCUGGCCAUAGACAAACACCCGGAUGCAAAAAGAAUUUGCGACCCUUCCAGCUGUCCUCUGGAUUAUGACGGAAUUACCCCAGCCCUGGACAGGAUUUGUUGGACAAGCGGGAAGGCCCAUGAACCGAUGGGAACGGUACUGUGCCGACCGUACGAUCUUCGUCGUGAUUCCUCAGUCGACCCGGGUCAGAGAGUCGGGUGGAGCGACUCCUCCACUCUCUCCGCCUUCUCGGGGGACGAAUGGAACUACACAAACACACCGACCUUGGAGCCAACCGUUAUACUUCGCUCACUCCUUCGACCUUUCACGAGUUCACUUGGCCGAGCAUUAGGCGAGCAAUCAUUCCACGAAGUUUUCUCCUUAUUUCCCGUGUAUCAGCCUAUGGUCAAACAAUCCCGCGAUUGGAUUAACACGAUAGUCCUGAACGUCGCGGAGAUCAGAAACCUGCACGGCAACCUGCUUUCUUCUCCUCGACCAGAUGAGACAAUGAAAGCAGAGCUAGAUGUGCGCACAGACACGAUCAAGCAGCUGGCCAAACGCGUCAACUCUAACCUGAAAUCGCUUGAGAAGCGGAUUUCGCAGGAGGAGGAAGACCUGUCGGAGGGCGAUCCUGUCCCUGCUGGGCUGAGGAUACGUCGCACGCAACAUGCAACGACGCUGCACCUAUUCGUCCAAGCGGUGACAGAGUUCAACCUUGAGCAGGUCGACUACAAGGAGAAAUGCGAGGAGAGGAUACACAGGAUAGCCUCUAUAGCAAAAGCGGAAGUCUCGGACGAGAAACUAGAAGAGCUGUUGGAACAAGGGAAUUACGGAUCAAUAUUCAAUAGCGAUAUAAUAACGGAAACACAAGAAGCGAGGAGGGCCUUAGAAGACAUCCAAAUACGACACGAGGAACUUCUAAGGCUCGAGAAAUCCAUCAAGGAGCUGCGAGACUUAUUCGUGGAAAUGGCGAUUCUCGUCGAACAGCAAGGAGACCUGAUAAACAGCAUCGAGCACCAUGUCCUGGAGGCUGGGGAGGCCGUAGAGACAGCCAAAGUGCAGACCAAGAAGGCCAUCCGAUACAAAGGAAAAGCGAGAAAAAAAAAGAUCAUCUUGUUGGUGAUAGCUCUUGUUUUGAUAUUGGCACUUGUCGCUUAUAUCUACUUCAGCUUCAUCAAACCUUGGAUUGGCAACUCUGGCUCAGGCGACUCUCCGAGAUCCGUCACCACCACCACCACCACCACCACAACCACAACCACAACCACUGUUGCUCCUCCACGGGCUGUACUUAACUACAGUGAUGACAACUCCACAUCCCUUGCUGACUCGCCUUCUUCAUUAUAGUUUACCAAAUUCUGCACCAAAAAGAUCUGACAACAACCCCUGCUGCCCCCCUCCCCCUCCACCAAUACCUGACAAACGGAGGACUGAAGAAUUCACCCCUAUUGUGACUCAUCGUCAUUUUUAAAUUCACCACCCACAAAAAUCUAUCAAAUCUAUUCCCACAAGAUUUGUUAAUGUACUCAAUUUUAACAUUUUUAAUGUUACUGCAAAUUUUGCUUUCAAGUUUCCAAUCAUACUAAUUCUAUUUUUUCAUCAUAGAUUUUAACUGUUGUAAAAAAAAAACAACUGAAACCAAUAAUGAGGUUUAGAAUAUUUUUACUAGUUUGAUUCGAAACUAUAGUUUUAAAUUCAGGUGAGAUAUUUCCUUUUGUUAGAUAUCUCGUGGUUUUGUUUAAA